UUAGGAUGUUUGACAGUGUCCUCCAACUUCUAGCAAAAAUUGGAGAAAUCUAGUCGUUUUGAAACAGUAAAUAUUCUUGUGGUUGUGAAAGGGUCAACUAUCACUUAAUACCUAGUCAUGAGUCUGAAAUCAUAAAGAAAACCAUUGACUUUCGUUAAAGAUGGACAACCACACAACUCAUAUUUCCCGGGAAGAUCUGGAGGAAAUGAAAGAAGCCUUCAACAAAAUAGACCUUGACAAUUCUGGCUACGUCAGUGAUUACGAGCUCCAAGAUCUCUUUAAAGAGGCAAACCUUCCUCUACCUGGGUACAAGGUGCGUGAAAUCGUGGAACAAAUCCUUAAUGUGGGAGACCACAACAGGGAUGGAAAGAUCAGUUUUGAAGAAUUUGUCUCGGUUUUCCAAGAACUCAAAGAUAAGGAGAUCAGCAAAACAUUUAGGAAAGCCAUCAACAAAAAAGAGGGAAUUUGUGCAAUUGGUGGAAUGUCUGACCGCUCCAGUGAAGGAACGCAGCAUUCUUAUGAAGAGGAGGAGAAGGUUGCAUUUGUUAAUUGGAUUAACAAAGCAUUAGAAGGUGAUCCUGACUGUAAACAUUUAAUUCCUAUGGAUGCCAACAGUGACCGUCUGUUUAGUGCAGUCGGUGAUGGAAUUCUACUAUGCAAAAUGAUUAACUUAUCUCAGCCAGACACAAUCGAUGACCGUGUGAUCAACAAGAGGAAAUUAACUCCAUUCACUAUUUCUGAGAACCUGAACCUUGCCUUGAAUUCUGCUUCUGCCAUUGGCUGUACUGUGGUGAACAUUGGUGCACAAGAUCUGAAGGAAGGGAGACAUCACCUGGUGCUUGGCCUUCUCUGGCAGAUCAUAAAAAUUGGCCUCUUUGCUGAUAUUCAGAUUACCAGGAAUGAAGCACUUAUUGCUUUGCUGAAGGAAGGUGAAGAGUUGGAGGAGCUGCUAAAACUUUCACCUGAAGAUCUGCUUUUACGUUGGGUCAAUUACCAUCUUGAAAAUGCAGGCUAUCAUAAAAUCAACAACUUCAGUCAAGAUAUUAAGGAUUCCGGGGCUUAUUUCCAUCUACUCAGCCAGAUUGCUCCCAGUGGAGAAGGUGAUGAAAUGAUGGUUGAGAUUGAAAUGACAGGUUUACACGAAAAGGAUGACCUCAAAAGGGCAGAGUCCAUGCUACGAGAAGCUGAUAAAUUAGGCUGUAGACAGUUCGUCACACCAGUUGAUGUUGUCAGUGGUAAUCCCAAACUCAACUUGGCCUUUGUUGCCAAUCUGUUCAAUAAAUAUCCAGCACUGCACAAGCCAAACAAGGACUAUGACCUAACUUUGUUGGAAGGUGAAUCCAGAGAAGAGAGAACCUUCAGGAACUGGAUAAAUUCACAGGGGGUGAGUCCCUUUGUCAAUCACCUUUACAGUGACCUAAUUGAUGGCUUAGUAAUAUUUCAAUUAUACGAGAAUGUAACUGUACCAGUGGAUUGGAACCGUGUCAACAGGCCUCCCUAUCCACAGCUUGGGGCUAACAUGAAGAAACUUGAAAACUGCAACUAUGUCGUUGAACUGGGUAAAAACAAAGCUGCCUUCUCCCUUGUGGGUAUUGGUGGGCAAGACCUGAGUGAUGGCAAUCGAACACUUACAUUGGCACUUAUUUGGCAGCUCAUGAGAAGGUACACUCUGAAGGUGCUGUCAGAUCUUGGAGAUGGAUCUAAGGUGACAGAUGAAAUUAUUAUAAAAUGGGUAAAUGAAACUCUAGCAAAAGCAAAGAAAAGAAGCUCAAUUACUAGCUUCAAGGAUAAGUGCAUUUGCACCAGUUUGCCCGUUAUAGACUUGAUAGAUGCCAUUUCACCUAAUACGAUUCGCUAUGAGCUGGUGAAACAGACUGAUUUCUCAGAUAUUGACAAGUUGAACAAUGCUAAAUAUGCCAUUUCAGUAGCACGAAAGAUAGGCACUCGUGUAUAUGCAUUGCCUGAAGAUCUGGUGGAAGUGAAGCCAAAGAUGGUUAUGACUGUCUUUGCAUGCUUAAUGGGAAAGGGAUUGAAAAAGGUGUGAAGAGAACUGAGCACCUUAUUCACAUUAAUCCUGUCUGCCAUAUCAAACCAAUUCAGCAUCCUGUAAUUCAUACAAUUAUCUGUCAUUUUUUUUUGUCAUUCUAUUUUUGAUCUGUUUUUAGCAGAGAAUAUCAUUGGGAACAAUUUCAGAAGCAAAAUACUAACUGGAAAUCAUUUUCAUUUCUCAUCACUAAUUUACUAUCUGUGUUUUUAAAUGUUCCUGUAUUUAAUUUUCCAUGUUGCUGUUAAGAUUAAAACUCUCACUAAUUUCUGUUUGUUAUUUAUACUGCAUCAUACACCAGACAAUUUUGUGUAUUUCCUGUAAUGCUUACAAUGUAAAACAUGUCUAAAGUUCUUGUACUUGAACAUGUUCGUGAUUGACCCGCUUUUUGAAAAUAGCUGCUGUUUUGUAAAUGACUUCUAUUAUCAUCAAAUUGCAAAUAUUUAAAUAUGUAAAAUUCCUUUUAUGGAAGGAAUCAGAGUUGUAAUUCAAUCUGUGGAGUUACACAAUCUAUUUUUGGUUUAACCAGUUUCUGAGUGUUUGCAGUGCCCUGAGAUUGAAUUGCAACUUUUAACUUCCACCAGAAUUUCUUUUCUGUGAUAACUGUUUUGUUGCCGUUUAGUCAUUGAGUUAUUGAGAAGAUGCAGUAGUGCCACCCGAGCACAUGUCUGCAAAUAGUCAUGUAGCAGUGUUCACAAACUUAUACAAUGUUGGUCACAAUCGCCAGAAAGCCGAAUAAUGUAGAAUUCAUAAGUGACUAAAAACUUUAAUUCUAAUAAAUCCAUAACCGAUUUGAUAAGAGAUUACAUACAUGAAUCAACAUUUCUAUGAACUGCAAUGCUGAUCUUUACAUCACAAUCUUAUAUUCAUUAUUGUGAUAAUUAAACUAUUUUCUUUUACCAGAGUGAAAACAUGCAGAAACUUGCAAAAUUCACUUUGCUCUGAGGUGAAGUCUGGGGGGGAAAAAAAAUUUGACUUAAUAUGCUUGUGGGGUCUUGUGCACGAAACACAGAAAGCUAGCACACAGGUGCAGCAGAGAAUCAGGAAGGCUAACUCUUAUUGCAAGGGGCUUGGAGUAUAAGAGUAGAGAAGUCUUAUUGCAACUGUACAAGGUGCUGGGGAGACCACAUAUAGAGUACUGAGAGUAGUUUUGGUCUCCAAAUUUAAAGAAAAAUAUUGUUUAAUUGGAGGCAGUUCAGCGAAGGUUCUCUAGAAUGAUCCCUGAUAUGGACAGAUUGUUUGGUUUUUUUUCCUCAGUAACGGUUAAAUAAGUUGAGACUCUACUCGCUUUAGUAAAGAAGAAUGGGAGGUGAUCUCAUUGAAACAUAUUGGAUUAUUUGGGGACUUGACAGGGUAAAUGCUGAGAGAAUGUUUCUCAUCAUCAGAGUCCAGGACCAAAGGACAUAGUCUCAGUCUCAGAAUAAAGGAGCACCAAUUCAAGACUGAGAUAAGGAAGAAUUUCUUUUCAGCCAUGAUCUUAUUGGAUGGUUGAGCAUUCCUACAACUGUUCCUACUACUUAUGGUCUUUUAAAACUCAUAUGGUCCCAAACUAGGAUAAGUGUGAGGUUAUCCACUUUGGUAGGAAAGCAGAUUAUUGUCUGGCUAUAAAUUGAGAGGGGGGAAUGUGCAACAAGACCACAGUGCUCUGAUAUACCAGUCUCUGAAAGUAAGUGCACAAAUACAUCAGGCAGUAAAGAAGGAAACGCUAUGUUGACCUAUGUCGAUUUGAAUUCUGGAACAAGAAUGUCUUGCUGCACUUGUACAGGACAUUGCUGAGACUGCACCUGGAAUAUUGUGUGCAGUUUUGGUCUCUGUAACUGAGGAAGGGUGCUCUUGCAAUAAAGGGAGUGCAGUGAAGGUUUACCACGCUGAUUCCUGGAAUGGUGAGAUGGACACGUGAUGAGAAGUUGAGUCGGUGUUCACUGGUGGCAAUAAGGGACAAAUCUUGUAGGAACCUAUAAAAUUCUGACAGGACCAAACCAGACAAAUACAGGAAUGAUGUUCCCAAUGGUGAGGUAGUCCAGAACCAGGGGUCACUGUCUAUGAAUACGCGGUAGGUCAUUUAGAACUGAAAUAAGAAUAAAUUUCUUCACCCAGAGAGUCAUGAGCCUUUGGAAUUCUCUGCCACAGAAAGCGGUUGAGGCUAAAACAUUGUUUGAUUUCAAGAAGGAGUUGGAUAUGGCAUUUAGGGUUAAAGGCAUUAAAGGAGAUGGGAUAAACAGGAAUAGACUGUUAAGGUGGAUGAUCAGCCAUGAUCCUAUUGAAUGGUGAGGCAGGCUUGAAGGGCUGAAUGGCCUGUUCCUGCUCCUUUUUUGUAUGUUUUGUGUCCAGUGAGACUUUGAUUUUAUGUUCAUAUUGUGUAAAAACAAAAGUGAUUUAGAAAUAUGUUGGCCAUUUGAUUAAAAUUGUGU